AUGGGUAGAAUGGACGAAUUUUUGAAAAGCUCACUUGAUGUAGUUCCGAAAGAAAUUUGCAAAAAUGGAAUGUGCCUGAAUUUUGCGGUAAAUAUUGCAAAAAUUUGCGAGGAAAUUCGCCAAUUGUAUGAAAUCGAAGAAUCUGUGAGGGUGCCGACCAGCGACAAUAUCGAGGAAUUCCUCUAUGAUUUAAGCGCAUUUCUACUUGAAUUGGAAUGCGGACAUGAGGAGCUUUCAAACGGCGACAUUCUCACAAGAUUCGAGCUUUCUGAAAAAUGCGAAAUUCUUUUGAAUUUUCUCGUCUCCGAGCUCAAAACAGCUCGAUUGUACGCAUUAAAUCGCUAUGAAAACACAAAAAAGCAAAAAAGGAAUGCCGAUAAGGAAUUGACGCCGCUAAUUGAAGAAGUUCUCAAUGUAUUAGAAAUUCCGAAGCAAUCGUGUUGCGGCGAUCCGAAUCGGCUUCUCGAAUCUAUUAAAGACAAGGCGGAAUCGCGUCGCCAAAACAGUCAACGAUUGCCUAUUCUGCGCGUUCAUUUAAACGAUCAAAUUAUACAAGAAAUUGAGAAAAUUUGCGAAAAAACGACGCGCGACUACAAUAAUCGCCUCCUAUUGCUGACGACUCGCCUCAAAGUCACCGUCGAAUCAUUUUUGUGGUCCGAUCGUCUCAAACCGGUUGACGCCAAAAUUCGGGAGAUUCUUGCUCGUCGUCUCGCCGAAAUUCAACAAAUCAAAUCGAAUUGCGACAUAUCGCACGUUUUAUCCGGAAGCACUGCGCUUCUCGUCGUCAAGAAAGCGUCGGAUCCCUCAAAACGAGCCAAUACGAAAUGCCUAGCGCAUCCAUUGUCUCAAGGCGGACCACCAAAGGAUCGCGGCGGACGUACCGAUGAGAUGAUGGGACUGCGCAAUGAGACAUUCGCUCAGCAGCAGGCGCAGCGUGUCGGUGAGCGACGAGGAGGUGGCUUUCGAGGAGGGCGAGGAAGAGGACGAGGUGGACAUCGAGGGCAAAGCUAUGAGCAGCAGGUAGGCGAGCAGAAGCUUGUCCGGCCGUGUCUCGGCCAAUUUCGGCCGUCGACGACAGCGGCCUUUAAGCAUUUGGAUAAGUUGGUGAUUGAGAGUCCCGAAGACGCAUUGGAGAUUGCCAGCCGGUUAACAAUCGGCGAGCAGAAUUUGCUGAAAGAAGCGCUGGAGACGUGCGCGCACGAGAACGGCAAGGUGGGCAAAUCGUUAGAAUUGACGCCCGAGCAGGUGAAAGGCUUGUUCCUCGUGAAUUCCAUACCCUUCAUUGGGUUUGGACUUCUCGACAAUAUGAUAAUGAUUCUCGCCGGCGAGUAUAUUGACCAGCAACUGGGAGCGGUGCUCUGUAUAUCGACAAUGGCGGCGGCAGCACUUGGCAAUCUCAUUUCUGACAUUGCUGGAGUCGGACUCGCCCAUUAUGUUGAAGUCGGCGUUCAGAAGGUUGGAAUUAAGCAUCCGGUGCUCACCGCUGCUCAAUUGGAGAGCCCAAAGGCGAGGUUCUCGACGAAUUGCGCGAGAGCUGCUGGCUUAACGAUUGGUUGCCUUCUCGGCAUGUUCCCUUUGAUGUUCUUCGAGUCUGAAGAUGAGAAAGAGCCCGAAACGAGCUCGAAAUUGUAG